GCCACAUCAAAGCUUAUGGGACUCGUAUGUCAUUUGAGCAGCAUGAUGCGUGAUGAAAAUAGUACUGGCAGCGAGUCUGAAGCAUUAAAAUUCUGUGAUGCAUGUGGAAAAUGUUCUGCUCUGAUCCAGUGUCCGUGCAGGUGUGAACUACUGCUAAGUAUGAAUUCGUUCAUGGUCAAUGCGGUCUUUGGCCUCUUCCAAAAAAGCGGUUUACUGUAAUAGAGUUUGCCAACGACAUCAUUGGAAAGCCCAUCGCGAACACUGCAAUGCACGACGUGGACCUUCAUUGGCUAACAAAGGUUCCCAUGUGAGGGCUGGGCCAGUGAGCAAUCAUAGUCCUGCUGGCUUUUCUCCACACAAACAGCAAACAACCAAUAAAUCACCGCCGGUAUCAAGACAAGUACUCGUUGGUUUGCACGAACGUGAUAGCCAGCGCCCCAUGCACACAAUUAACACACAAUACCAUCCGAUGAGAUUAUCUUCAAAGCCGAAAAAGAUCAGUGAACAACAUAUGGCAUCGAGCGAACAUGAAAUCAGCAACAGGGGUACAUCAGUGAUCAUUAAAAGUAUGCAGAAUGUUCCGAUUCCGCUUUUUCGUCCAAAGUUGCUCUACCCUACCCUAUACAUAUCUCGUUUCGACUCAUUCGUCAAGAAAAUUCAUUCUAGUAGUCUCGACCUCGGAAAGGUGUCGGCGCCCGGUGAGAAUAUCAAGGACACGCAAACUCUAACUAAAACUUUGUCCUCCGAGAAGCUCAAGCCGUCCCCCAACGACCCUGAGAUGUAUCCGUUUAUUUGUCGAGAGUGCGAUCGAGUGUUUGAUACCUGCAAUGCGAGAGACGCGUGUUUGCACACGGAAUGUCCCGAGCAGAUGCAUCAGAAACAAUUUGCGUUCGUCGCCGACGCGUAUCAGCACUGCGUUAGAGAACACAAGGCGGAGAGCAGUAGUAGAACUGACGAGGUUGUGCGACCUGCGAUGAUGAGUAGAAAUACAUCAAAUUCGAAUCGGGAAAACGAGGGUAUAGAGGUCAACGUUAUAUAUAACGCAGAGGACACACUGAACAAAUGGGCAAGUACUAUGGCUGGCUGCAAUGAAGAUACACGCGUGCGCAGCGACGAUGAGAUGCAGGAUGCUUCGCAGAGAGCACUCGAUGCACGUGCUGCAGCUGAUCCCGGCGCAGGAACUCGCAUGUAUGUUGAGUCAUCGGGUGGUGUGACUGUUGCAAACGCUGGUCUAGCAAGAUUGAGUGAUACUCCGAAUGCAAGUUCCAAUUCUGGUGGAAAGAGAGAGAUACCAAUGGACGUGGAGGGUACACAAGUAGACGACACUACAUCUUCAGCACAGUCUAAACCAAAGUCAUGCAGUGACGGCAAGACGGUACAUCCGCCCUCCCGCGAGAUUUCAGACCAGUCUGGACCACUGAGAUCCGAUACAUACCACGAUGGGCUAUCACAAACGUACUCAUCUGGUGACGACCUAACCCGGGCAAACGCUGCGAAUGACUUUGAGUCAACGAGUGCUAUUGCUAUUGCUACGCCUGCAGUAGCCGUGGACCUGAUGGAACCCGUUGGUGGCAACAAUGAAAAUGCUCAAAAUACUGCUGGAGACGGUCAGACGAUACAGAAAGCACCUGCGCAAACGGCGAAGACCCCACGUGCACAGAAUAUUGCGUAUCGAGUAGAAAAAAACAUAUCCGCAACAGAUCGAGAGAUCACAACUGUAUGCUAUACGGCAGCUCAUGAUAUUCUAAGGGCUUCAGUAGGUAAUCAUAAGUCAUACGAGGCAUAUCAGGAAGGCGGAAUGACCGAUACGAUUACAGAAGGCAUGGCAGAUACGACUACAACGGAAGCAUGCGGAGUGGGAGGGAAAGGGAUCGAGUCUGAACACAGUCGUGAGGCCACGAGUGCCCAUUCGCUUGCGAAAGCGGCUACUACUCUACCACAUGGCACUGAUGAAUUGCCACAUGGUUCCAUUAUUGUUGAACAGCCUACCACCACACCAUGCGACCCUACGCCAUACAAAGUGAGCGAUACGGCGGCGGGAUGGACGGACGGCGAUAAUGGUACUAUGCGUGAGGCUAAGGAUGCGGAGGAGGUCGUGAUAAACAUGUGCACAUCAGAACCAGACACGGCUAUUGUGGAGAAGGUGCAGGUUUUCUCCAAGGAUGACGAGCUUCCCAGUACGAAUCUCAGCACAUUGGCAGCAGCUGCAGUGAUAUCCGGUUUCAAGGAGAAUUUUGGUGACGUUUCGGAUGUACGGGACUCGGUAUCUGAGCCGAACCAUAGCAAGUCUUCGCAGGUACACGCCACACUCGAAAGCAACACGCAGGACAACCCCCCGACUAUCUCGCUGGUCUCGCUAGUGCCUUCAGCUCCGUGUACUAUCAAUCCAGUCAUCGCUGAAGACUCGUCAACUAUCGACGGCACGCUAAAAGCACAUAGCCCAUUGGUCACAGAUGCCAACGUUAUCAGUGAUGAUGAUGCUGUCCCGAUCGCUCUAUCUGCUGUCGACAGAGCGUCUUGCCCUGAUGCGCCUGAACGCGAUGCACAAUAUGCUACGAAUACCUCAGGUGGUGUUGAGAGUACUACUUCCAACGUUGGUGUUUCGCCUGUCUCUAUCGGCGCCUCCGCCAUAGAAAACCCGUCCAUGGACACCAAUAACAUCGAUCUCGCGCCAGAUUUGACUGCGCCAAUUAGCCAUAUCAAUGUUUCGCUGGUCAUGGAGACGUCGCUCGAUGUUGGUUGUACCACUUGUGGUAAUGAUAAUCCACCUAUCGGCGUCGCCCUGUCCAAUAGCCCCCAUGAUGACAGCGUUUCUCAGUCAAUCAUGGAUGCUCCAGAUGACUCGUGCAGGGCCCCCCAUGACAGCGUUUUUCAAUCAGUCGUGGGCGCACCAGAUGACUCGUGUAGGGGGGGGCAUGACAGCGUUUCUCACUCAGUCGUGGGUGCACCAGAUAACUCGUGUAGGGGGGGGCCAUGA